GCGGCGCCGUUUCGGCGACGGACCGGAAGUCGACGGCUUGGGUUGGAAACCGCGGUGGUCGGAGGCGAGGAAGAUGGCGGGCUUGUCGGUGCGGGACCCCGCGGUGGAUCGGUCUCUGCGCUCCGUGUUCGUGGGCAACAUUCCUUAUGAAGCCACAGAGGAACAGCUAAAAGACAUCUUCUCAGAGGUUGGACCUGUGGUCAGUUUCCGAUUGGUAUAUGACAGAGAGACGGGUAAACCGAAAGGCUAUGGCUUCUGUGAGUAUCAAGACCAAGAAACCGCACUCAGUGCCAUGCGGAAUCUCAACGGGCGAGAAUUUAGUGGAAGAGCCCUGCGAGUGGACAACGCAGCCAGUGAGAAGAACAAGGAGGAACUCAAGAGCCUGGGCACUGGUGCUCCCAUCAUCGAGUCACCCUACGGAGACCCUGUAAACCCCGAAGAUGCUCCUGAGUCCAUCAGCAGAGCGGUGGCCAGCCUGCCUCCUGAACAGAUGUUUGAACUGAUGAAGCAAAUGAAGUUGUGUGUCCAGAACAGCCCUCAGGAGGCGCGGAGUAUGCUUUUGCAAAACCCUCAACUUGCCUACGCCUUGCUGCAGGCCCAAGUGGUGAUGCGUAUUGUUGACCCAGAAAUUGCGCUGAAAAUUCUUCAUCGCCAAACCAGCGUCCCAUCUCUGAUUCCUGGAAAUCCACAGCCAGGGCCAGGGCAGGGUCCCGGUCCUGGACCGGGAGCUGGUCCCGGGCCAGGACCUGGGCCAGGACCUGGGCCAAAUGCUCAGAUGAACCAGCCGAACGUCCCUUCUUCUCAGCCACAACCAAUGGGUGGGAUGCAUGUCAAUGGAGCCGCUCCCCUAAUGCAGCCCCCCAUGCAAGGAGGAGUACCUGCCCCAGGACAAAUGCCAGCUUCAGUGCCCGGACCUGGCCCUGGGCCCAUGGCUCCAGGAGGUAGCAUGCCAGGGAGCGGCCCGAUGAUCUUGGAACGCGGACAAGGGAACCUGCAGCUCUCUCCCGUGGGACCUGCCAGGCCUGCCUCUAUUGAGCGUGUCCAAGUACCUAUGCCGGACCCACGAGCCCCUAUGCACCGGGGGCCAAUGCCAGCUAGUGGGCCACCACCCCGAGGCCUUCUGGGAGAUGCCCCCAAUGACCCACGGGGAGGCACGUUGCUCUCGGUUACUGGAGACGUGGAGCCCAGAGGUUACCUCGGGCCACCCCACCAGGGACCACCAAUGCACCACAUGCCCACCCACGACAGCCGUGGGCUGCCUCCCCAUGAAAUGAGAGGCGGACCAAUGGGAGAGCCACGUCCCCUGAUGGGAGAACCGCGAGGGCCCUUGAUGGAUGGCCGAGGGCCCUUGAUGGAUGGCCGAGGUGGAAGAGACCCGAGGGGCCUAGAGUCCAGAGUGAUGGAUGGCCGGGGCAUGGAACCCAGGGUGAUGGACGGCCGGGGCAUGGAGCCCAGAGGCAUGGAGCCUAGAGGAAUGGAGCCCAGAGGAAUGGAGCCCAGAGGAAUGGAUGCGAGGGGCAUGGAGCCCAGAGGAAUGGAGCCCAGAGGAAUGGAUGCGAGGGGCAUGGAGCCCAGAGGAAUGGAACCCAGAGGCAUGGAUGCAAGAGGCAUAGAACCUCGUGGGAUGGAACCCCCUAGGGGCAUGGAACCCCCUAGGGGCAUGGAACCCCCCAGAGGCAUGGAGCCCCCCAGAGGCAUGGAGCCUCCCAGGGGUAUGGAGCCCCCUAGAGGCAUGGAGCCCCCUAGGGGCAUGGAGCCCCCUAGAGGCAUGGAGCCCCCUAGAGGCAUGGAGCCAAGGGGCAUGGAGCCCCCUAGAGGCUUAGAGCCCAGAGGCCCUGGAAUGGAGCCCAGAGGCCCUGGAAUGGAGCCCAGAGGCCCUGGAAUGGAGCCCAGAGGCCCAGGAAUGGAGCCCAGAGGCCCAGGAAUGGAGCCUAGGGGUCCCGGUCCGAAUCCCAGGGGUCCAAUGACCAGUGCAAUUCAAGGUCCGGGACCUCUGAAUAUGGGAGCAGCCGGCCCACAAGGCCCUCGGCAGGUUCCUAGUAUGCCAGGGACGGCAAUGCAGCAGGCUGGAGCCAUGGCAGGCGGAGCGGUACAGGCCGCAGCCCAGCCUGGAGGCUUCAGCCCCGGGCAAAACCAAGUCACACCCCAGGAUCAUGAAAAGGCAGCCCUCAUUAUGCAAGUUCUCCAGCUGACGGCCGACCAGAUCGCCAUGCUGCCUCCCGAACAGAGGCAGAGCAUUCUCAUUUUGAAGGAGCAGAUACAGAAAUCUACUGGCGCCCCAUGAGCCACGUUCCUUGGACUUAGAAAUCCUUUGAAUGAAAUUUAGCCCUGGCUGAAAAAUGACACUGAAGGCAGCUCACAGACUCUUCCCCCAUCUGAUCCAAAUCAGACAGGAGAAGGGACUUUCUUGUUCCCAUCCCCUCAUUGUUUCCAUUCUUGUCUCUCAAAUAAAACCAUGUUCCAUAGUUGAACACAUUUGCCUGUGUGUUAAGCCGGACCUUCCAUGUUUCAG